AUGAGCCAGGGCGGCCAGGAUGCGAAGCUCUUCGCGAGGAUUCCCUCUUCACAGGGCAAGGUCGCCGAACUUCGUCUCGAGCUCAACAGCGGCGGCAAGAAGGACAAGAACUUCUCGGCUAAGAAGACGGCCCUCAAGAAGAUUGUUGCCAACAUGACAAUGAGCAACAAUGACAUGGUCGCACUGUUCCCAGACAUUGUGGGCUGCAUGCAUAUACCGAGUCUAGAGAUCAAGAAGAUGUGCUUUCUGUAUCUGGUCAACUAUGCCAGGAUAAAACCAGACAUUGCCCUCAAGGCAUUGCCCAUCAUACAGGAGGACAUGCACGACAACAAUCCUCUUGUGAGGGCGCUCGCGUUACGCACCAUGUCUUACGUUCACGUCCGAGAAUUUGUCGAGGCCACGGUACCCCAUGCAAAGAACCUGCUGAAAGAUGCGGACCCCUAUGUUCGCAAGACGGCUGCCUUUUGCGUGGCCAAACUAUACGACCAUGAUCGUCAUUUAGUGGAAAACUCGGACCUCAUUGACCGGCUCAACGGCAUGCUGCGAGACGAGAAUCCCACCGUCGUCUCCAGUGCAUUGGCAGGCUUGAUGGAUAUAUGGGAACGCAGCGAAAACAUCAAACUCACCAUCGACUAUGCAAGCGCAUCCAAGAUUGUCUCCAUCCUUCCCGACUGCUCCGAAUGGGGCCAGACAUACAUCCUGGAAGCCAUGAUGAACUACGUACCCCAAGAUAGCGCCGAAGCUGCACUCCUCGCUGAGCGUAUAUCACCGCGACUUUCGCAUUCCAACUCGGCCGUCGUACUCACCUGCAUCCGCGUCAUACUUUACCUAAUGAACUACAUCUCGGACCAAAAGGUCGUAACGUCUUUGUGUAAUAAGCUGUCGCCGCCACUAGUUACCCUGCUAUCCAAAGGUCCAGAGAUUCAAUAUCUCGCCCUUCGCAAUGCCCUCCUCAUUCUCCAACGGCGGCCAGAAGUGCUACGAAACGAUAUCCGCGUCUUCUUCUGUAAAUACAACGACCCAAUCUACGUCAAGGUCACCAAGCUCGAACUCAUCUUCAUGCUUGCCACCGAGCGAAACAUUAAAGAAGUGUUGACGGAACUUGCUGAGUAUGCCACAGAGAUCGAUGUCGACUUUGUACGAAAGUCGGUUCGUGCGAUUGGAAAAUUAGCCAUCAAGAUUGCACCAGCGGCGCAAUUAUGCAUAAGCACAUUGCUCUCCCUCGUCAGCACCAAGGUCUCGUACAUUGUACAAGAGGCGACUGUUGUGAUACGGAACAUAUUUCGCAAAUACCCGAAUCAGUAUGAAUCCAUCAUCUCCACAUUGUGCGAGAACCUCGACUCGUUGGAUGAGCCCGAAGCCAAGGCAGCCAUGAUCUGGGUGAUUGGACAGUACGCAGAUCGGAUAGAAGACUCGGACGUACUGCUUGAGGAUUUCCUCGACACAUUUCAGGAGGAGACACACGAAGUUCAGCUGGCCCUGCUCACAGCCACGGUAAAACUGUUCAUCCAGCGACCCACACGAGGGUCGACGUUGGUACCCAAGGUGCUGAAAUGGGCCACGGAAGAGACGGACAAUCCCGAUCUGCGAGAUCGGGGCUACAUGUACUGGCGCCUCUUAUCCUCGGCGCCGGAUGAGGCGAAAAAGGUGGUCAUGGGCGAGAAGCCAGCGAUCACAGCCGAGGAGUCGGAGAAGCUGGAUCCGAGCACGUUGGAAGAAAUGUGUCUCAACGUAGGCACGCUUGCCACCGUCUACCUCAAGCCCGUCCAUCAGGUCUUCCGAUCGGCCCGACCCCGCAAACUGCAAGAUUCACCUGCAUUGCAGAGGUCAGAGCUGCCGACGGUCAAGGCUGCACAACAGGCGCGCGAACGUGCUGCGGUGGAUCGGUCCAGGCUCGACACUGGGACGAAUGGGAACGGGUCGCUGUCUCCGACGAACGGAAACGGGAUGGCGAAUGCGGUCAGUGAUGCAGACAUGUACUUUGCCAGUGUUGGAAGACAGAGCACGUUUGGGGGUUCGCCUGUUGCGGCGGAUCAGGCAGGGGUUGGUGGUGGGUGGGUGGUGAACCAGAACGAGCCCCAGCAUAUGGUGCUUAGUCCGGGUGGCCAUGACGGGAACCAAGAUUUGUUGCUUUAG